AUGCCGAACGGAAAGAAAGGGACGGUGCCAGCCAAGCCGCGGAGGGAUGUCCUGGCUUCGCUGCGAAUGGCGUCCUUGGAAGAGAUCUCUCGGGCUGUCUUGCCCGCAGAGAUCAUGUCGGCCAUUCUUGAUUAUCUUGGACCGGUCGACCUUAUUCGGGCCUCGCAAUCCUGUAAACUCCUACAUGAAAUGGCUUAUGACGAUACUCGAUGGGUACAACGAUUAAAGCGAAUUGGAUGCUGGGAUGAGUCGGAUGCUCGCAGACGCGUGGAGGAGGUGUAUGGAACUGUUGCCAACCAGGAGGCUAUUGAACAACAUGAGAUUGAUGAAGAGGCGAGAGGCGCAGUUCCGAUCACCGAUUCAGAAGUCCAUGCCAUAUCAGAUGGUUUCGACAAGAUCGAGCUGAGCAAGACGGCGGCACAACUGAAACCUCUGGAAGAUGAAGCGAGGGACCCUGACCUUGCUGUCUUGGAGAAUUGCAGAUCAAUUCGAGGUGAAGCUCGUCAGGAGUAUGGGAAAAUUCAUGCCGCGUUGGCACCCUUGUACGAUGAUAUUGCAGCAUCUGGACCUUCCACUGAGAAUCUGGUCUUCACAAAGUACAAAGACCCACAACUCCAAGCAAAGAUGCUAUCUCAAUUAAUGGCAUUUGCGAAAAGUGACAUGACUACGGGAUGGGAGUGGCGAGAAAAUCGACUGGAAAGUGCAGUGUCCAUGUUUGAAACCGCCGCAUUAAACGAGUUCCGAAACGGAUACGAGACAGACGACAUUGAUGGCCUCAUGCACAAGUACGCCUACAUCCUAUACGCUCUCAAUGGUGGUCAAUCGGCGCUAGAUCUUUUCAUCCAUCAUAACCAUUUAAUGACUCGAAAGUCUGAACUUGGCACUUUCGCAGAUUGCAUUGAUGGUGUUAAUGGACGAUUGAAGGUCCAACACACGCAAAGUUUUUUUACACGCCUGAGUGUUGCCUAUAACGAAGAGGUCACGAUUAUGAACCGGGCAUUCCCCCCCGAGUUGCAAGUCGCAUUGCGCUUUAUGGAGAAAGUUGGGCAGGAUGUUCUUUCCCCGUUCCUGACAGCUAUAUUUGAUGAAUUGCAUCGCAUCAACAAGGAAUCUUACCUGACCGCCGUUUCCUUGACUUUUAUUCAAUGCAUGAACCUGUCUGAAACCCUGCUGCCUAUACGAAACUCUGGUGAUCAUUUCGACCAUUACCUAGAUGCCGUUGUGGCCAAAAUUUACGAACCACAUAUCGACCUUUACUUGGCGGAGGAGCUAGACUACUUCCGCAAGGGCUCCGAAGCAACAGUAAAUGACUGGGAUCGCCAGCUUUCGGAACAGGCCGCGUCGACAGAGUCCUUUUUGAUGUCAAAUGUCAACCGACAAGCAGACAAGCGAGACUUCCUUACCUCAUUCAAGAAGGUUAUUAUGAUGCCAGUCAACAUUCUUCCAAGCUUCUCCAGCAAAGCCAGCGAGGAACCAAAGUCACCCGAACCCACUGGCCCCGGGGCCUUGAAGAACUCCAAUCGAUUUUCUACCAUCUCCACGCCCCCUCCACUUCCCAUCGAAGAGGCCCCAACAACAGAACUAGCGGCCAAAGCCUUGCUAAUGAAAUCCAAGAUGGAGGGCAUUAGAUCAUUGUUCAGCAUCGAGAUUGCACUAAGCCUGGUUCAUUCUGCCAAGUCCAGUCUUGAGAGAGCCGCCCAGUUUGUUAGACUGGGUGGAGCAUAUGGCAAAGCGGCCAAACAUCAAUGCCAAGCCAUCUUUGUGGAUCUUCUUCGUAUCUUGGGCCAAAAGCAUGUCAUCAUUGGCUUUGAUAAAGCUGUUGACCAUCUAUCAAACUACCGGCCCCGCGAGCAGGAUGAGCGCGAUCAAUCCGGGGUUGAGCCCCUAGUCACGUUCCUGGAGUUGGUCAAUGUCGGUGACCUGAUUCUACAGAUGGUGGAUGUAUUUUAUGAACAAGAAUUGAUCGCUACACGUCUCACCGACCGCAGCGAUUUCCUCGAUCCGGCCGUGAAGGAGAAAAAGAAGUUCGAGCAGAUGCUGGACGAGCGGGUCGCUGCCGGACUGAACAAGGGAAUUGAUGUCCUCAUGGAGGAAGUGGACUACAUUCUUGCCACGCGGCAACUGGCCACCGAUUUCAAUCCCGAGGUCUCAUCAGACCCUCACCGACAGACCAUGGACGUGGGAGUCAGUGAUGUAGCGGCAGCUGUCGUGGAUGUGGUAUCAUCGCACACGCAGAUGCUAGUGGGCAGUACUGACAAGAGCACAUUGGAUGUAUUCAAUCAAGAAGUCGGACUGCGCCUGUUUACCGCAUUGUGCAAACACCUCAAGCGUCAGCGGAUCAGCACCGAAGGUUCUUUAAAGCUGAUCAGUGACAUGAAUCAUUACUUCAAGUUCGUCCAGACUCUCCGGAACCCCGAGCUACUCUUAUACUUCAAGGCUUUCCGCGAACUCGCGCAGAUCUAUUUGAUCGACAGGGCCCACGCCAAGGAACUAGCGACGAUCAUCGCUGACGCUGAUCGAUUCCAAGGGAUCUGGCGCGUGGAAGAGGUAUACGAGUUUGCAGAGCGCCGAGCGGACUGGUACCAGGUAAAGCGUGAUGUGGAACGAGCAAUGUAUGGAAUUGGGUGUAGCUUAAUGUAA